CAGGAUCGAAACCGCAUUCUUCAAAUAGCACAUUUGGAUCUGCAGGAAGCACGACUUCUGGUAAGACUAAUGGUUCUACGACGGCCGGUUCUACAAGAACUGAUCAGCAAGGCACCGAAGUGCAAAUAUUCUCUCCGUUGACAAGAAUGGUCCGACAAAGGCUUCACAUUUUAGCAGAUCUGGAGAUCCAUGUUGGACAAGCAAGGAUUGCGACAGCGUCCAUUUUGCGCGACUCACAGCGUUUGGCUGCAUGGAAAUGGUUGUAUGAGCAAUUAUUCAAAGAUGGAGAACAAGAUGCCGUAGCUGGAGGCUUUAGCUCCUUGAGUACUUCUGGUGUCGGCACUACGACUAACACUGGCACAACCCCUAGUACCGGUAUCAGCACCGCUGUCAGUACAUCAG